AUGAAAAAGGAUAUUUUCGGCACUAGCGAUCCCUACUGUCGCUUAAGCCUUUACCGCGACGUGCGUCAAGCUAUCGCUCUUGGUAACAGUGUGCGUACAUGCACGAUUAGACGCAAUCUUAAUCCUGAAUGGAACGAGGAGUUCUACUUUCGCGUCAACCCGGAGAGUAAUCGACUUUUAUUGGAAAUAUUUGAUGAGAACCGCAUAACAAGGGACGAUUUUCUCGGUCUCAUAUCCAUUUCCCUUCCCCAAACCGAAAUUCCAGUUGAGGAGCGAGAGGAUUUAUCCCGAGCCAAUGCGAAACCCUAUGUUCUUAAGCCGAGGCGGUGGGUUCUUUUAUCUUUGGACCAGCGUUCUUUAAACGUAUUAUGGCUGCCUCCAUUCCUCUCUCCUUUUUUGGCGGCUGCUGAAAUUUAA